CCUGUUUGCGGUCCUGGAAUGGCAGGGCGAUUGCUGCUGGUGCGAGCUUGUUCAGAGCUCUGAGCCCCUGCUCCUCUCUCCUGCAGCUCAAGGGGCGGACCAUCCGCGUGGACCACGUGAAGAACUACCGCCCCCCCAAAGACUCGGAGGACAUUGAUGACGUGACCAAGCGCCUCAGGGAGGAGGGCUGCGCCCCCAGGAUGCCUUCUCCUUCUUCCCCGGAGUCCGAGGAAGAGGAGCACACCGUGACUGUGAAGAAACAGAAGAAAGAAAAGAAGAAGAAGAAGAAAGAGAAGAAGGAGAAGAAGAAAGUUAAGGAAGAGAGGCGUCAUGCCCGCAGCUGCAGUGCCCAGACCCCUCCUCCAGCCCUGGUGAUGUCAGCGAGGGUGAAAAGAGAGGAGGAGGACCCUGGCUAUGAAAAAUAUAGCCACCAGGAGGCGCCGGAGGACAGGCCCAGAGAAGAAGGGAGAAGGACCAGGCCGGACAGGGACCACCGAGAGGACGCGGGGCUCCACGGAGACCAGGCGGGGGGCGUGGGCAGGGAGAGGCGGGACGAGGGCCGAGCAGGAGGCCGAGAGAGGGAUGGCGAGCCCAGGCGCGCCCGGGACGAGGAGAGGGAGGACGAGGCGUGGAGGAGAGGCAGGCACGACGACGGCACCGCGAGGGAACGGGCGAGAGACCGAGACAGGGAGAGGGACAGGAGGGACCACAGGCAGUGGAAAUCUGGCGGACACAGCAGGGACCGGUCGGAGACUGCGGACAGAGAAAGGGACAGGCCGGACAGAGGCAGGGAGCACAGCAGGGACGCUGAACACAGGAGGAAGUGAGGCCCACAGCCGGGGGGACCUGGGCUGCAGUUCGCGAAACACGCGACCCAGCAAGGACGGACGUUUCACGGUAUCUGGACUUGGGAACCGUGCUCUUUGCGUCCCAGUGGGUCAUUCCCAGUGGGAUGUAGUGAUGCCACAGCAGGCUGGGCACCCUGGGCGCUGCAGCACUGUCAGCUGCCAGACCUUCUCUGGUUUAACAGCCCCAUGGAUGGAUGGUGAAGUGCUGGCGACAGCUCCUUAAUACCAGCCAGUGCCAUCCUGGACUUCACUGCAGACCCAGGCUUUCUGGGUUUUCUUCCGCCAUCCUCUGUUAAUGAUUUGGUCUGAAUUUUAUUUUCAUAGCAUAACCUGUCUAAAGUGAUCAUAGUUUCCAGGCUUGUGGCCACUGAGGAAUUAGUUAUACAAGAAAACCUCUGUCCUGUAUCUAUCUGGACUACAAGAGUACAGCACUGGCUGUUAGUGAUCUUGAGAGGCACAGGAGUGUAUAUUUCCCAUUUCUUGAUUCACGGUGAGUCUCUGCUUUUUGUAUAAAAAAACGUUACCACCUACACAAUCGGGCUUCAUCUAUAUCUGUGUGUCUGCGAUAAAAUGUUCACAUAGGUGUCCACAGCAACAUUUUGUUUCCCAUUUUACCAAUUAAAAAAAUAACUCCCAUAAGUGGUGCUCUGAGAUUUCAUUUUGAAAUGAAAUCUAAAAAAAUGAAUUAAAAUUAACAAAAUAAACUGGAGCUUUUUUUUUUAUAAGUACACCAUUGUACUACUGUCUCAGGACAAACUGGGCUGGUCUGAAAUGUCUUUUAAGCACCCAGUGAAUGGGAACCUGUAGAAAAGAAUGACUAUGCCUGUUCAACUGUAGGAGUAACAGUUUUAUCAUUUGGAUUUGCUAGUGACACAUUGCAUAUGUGCCCAAUUUGAAUACGACAGUGAUGCUCAUACUGCCCAGGAAGAAUGAGGUCUCGCACACUCUUCUGUAAAACCCACUGGUCACCGCCAAACAGUCCCUGUUCUGCAGGACAAAGUCAGUGUGUCUCUGGAGUGGAGGUGUUGGUGCAGUUCAGUGCAGGACACAAAUGCAACUACCAGUCAGAGAUUACUGCUCCAGGCUACUUUGUGAGGCAGUGAAUUAAACUGAACACAGAAAUCAAUUUCUGAGACGUAACACAUGUAAAUAUUAUUUUUAAUGGAUUUCUGAAUGAUACAGCGUAAGAAAAGAAAUCUAUUAAGUAGUACAGGACAGUAUUUCAGUAUUUCUCUUAGAGCUUUUCAAAAUAAGUGGUCACUUUGGAAAGAAAAAAGCACUGCUGAACAGCUACUUUUAACAUUACACAGUUCCAACAGAAUAAUGUCAUAUAAUAAACAGCCAGCAAACCAUGUAAAGAAUAAAGAUACUUGUCAUUUAAAAUAUACAGAGUACAAAGAGAAUCAUCUUUACAGUACAAACAUUAACACCUGCUCAACAGGAUUCCACAGUACCUCCCUUCACUAAUGUAACACUACCUUCAAACUCACAGCAAUACUGUCAUUGUGGAGAAGAACAAAAAACAGUAAAAAGGGAUACAACAGCUUUUUGUGUUGGUCUCAUCUAAAAAAAAAACUAAUCUAAACGGGGGAGGGGAGUUGAGUCGGCACAUGUACAGUAGCUCAGUUCAGCACACAGGAAUAUGGAAUUAUUCUUCAACGGUGUGACUAUCUUUU